AUGGGCGGUACCCCAGUCAUUUUCAUCGGUUACGAACUCGAAGAAGACGCUCUUGACAUCUACAGCGUCGCCGACAAUCCUAGAGGUGAAAUCAAGUCUCUCCUCCGCAUCGUCGAAGCAAAAAUUGGCAUACUGGUCGGCGUCGUUCGUUAUGACGAUCUCGAAGAGCAAACCCACCAAUUCGUCUGCUGCUUUGUGGUUCUUAGCGGUCGGACUUACUCUUCGAAGGAGCUGGGCGAUAUUGUUGUGCAUCCAGAGUUUUUCCAUAUGCCGAGCAUGGUCAAGACGAAAGGAGAGUUUGAGCACAAGUUUUCUCCGAGCGCAUUUGUAGAUUCUUACGGCGCAGAUGGCAAGACGCGAGUCCUUCCUGGUGCUGUGAUUGGCUGA